AUGACAGUUGAACUCAGUACUAGUUCAAAAUAUACUAUGGAAGUUGAUGAAGAAAAAUUAACUAUUGGAAAAAGAGGUAAAAAGUCUGUUACUAUUUCCAUUUGUUUCAAUACUAUUGCAACAGUUGGUUUAACAGGAAGUGUUACUUUCCAAGUAAAAAAGAAAGCAUUGAUAGGAAAUGAAUCUAGUUCACUUGCUUUACGAUUUCAAAUGCUUGGAGUUAUUCCUAUUGUAAGUAUGAAAGAAAUUCUUUUAAUGAAAGAAAUUAAUCAAUUAUCAGCAAAUAGUAUUAUAAAAGAAAGAGCUAGUUUAUCUCAUAUAACUAUUAGGGAAAGUACUUGUAAUACUGAAACAAGUUCAGUUGAUUUAUCAAUGCUUACUAUGGGUCUUACUGAUUCAAUUUUUGUAGGAGAUGUUAUAGGAAAAUAUGGAAAUUAUAAAGAAGAUAAUGUAUUUAUUUUCAAAUUGGAUACUAAAGAAUCUGGAUUAAGUAAGGACGAUUUUAAAGUUAUUUUAAAUAAUUACAUUGAUAUUCAUCAUCAAAACAUUAUUCAAAUGGUUGGGAUGAACUAUGAUUCUUCUUUUUUAUUAUUGGAAAAUGAUACAAUGUUUAAUCUAGAACAAAUCUUAGAUAAACCUUUACCAUCUCUUUUUUUAACACGUUGUUGUGUUAAUUUAGCUACAGCUCUUCAAUAUCUAGCAUCAGAAAGUGUCUUACAUCGAAAUGUUAAACCAUAUAACCUUAGAUUAGUUCAACACUCAACUAUUUCUUUAGGAGGUCCUUUAGUUAAAUUACAUGACUUUUCUUUAGCAAGAUAUAUACAUGAAGGAGAAGAAUUACAUGACUGUGUUGGUACUGUGGAAUAUAUGUCACCUGAAGUCAUACAACAUAAAUCAUAUGGAUUAAAAAGUGAUACGUUCAGUCUUGGAAUGUCAAUUCUUCAUAUAUUCAGUGGUAAAAAACCAUAUGGAGGUAUGAAUAAACAACAAAUUGAAAAUUUUGUUAAAAACCAUCAACGAGUUACUCCUUCUGAAAAAGUUCCUAUUGCAAUAAUUUCUAUUAUUAAUAAAUGUUGUGUUGAAGACCCUACAAAAAGACCUGACUAUAAAAUUGUUAUUAAUUUGUUAAAUGAUUAUGCUCGUACAUUACCAUUGUAA